GCCCCGGCUUCGAGGCCCCGCACCGGGCCGCCCUCCCGCUGGCGUCCGCCGGGAUCGGCGCGUGCGCCCAACGCAGCUCCGCCCAGCGCCAGGCCAGAGGCGACGCCUGGAGGUGAAACCGAGCAGGUGCCGGAGGCGGGUUCGGUCGAGACCCCCGUGGUCCCGGAGAAGGCGAGGCGCUGGGCCGCGGGGGGGCAGGUGCGAUGGCCGACGCGCCAAGUGGCUCCAGCGGUGAGACAGGGGCCGCCGCAGAACCUACGGGGUCGACCUCGGCGACCUCAAAGUCAUCGGACUCCCACAGCCAGUGCGUGUUCUGCCGGAUCGUGGGGGAGGAGGAACCGGGCACCGAACUCCUGUAUUGUGAGGAUGAAGACCUAGUUUGCUUUAAAGAUGUCAAACCAGCAGCAUCUCAUCAUUACCUUGUGGUGCCAAAGCAGCAUAUUGGAAACUGCAGGGAUCUAAAGAAAGAGCAAAUAGGACUUGUUGAGAGCAUGGUUACUGCUGGAAAAACCAUUCUUAAAAAGAAUAAUUUCACUGACUUCACAAAUGUGAGAAUGGGUUUCCAUAUGCCACCAUUCUGUUCCAUUUCCCACUUGCACCUUCAUGUCAUAGCACCAGUCGAUCAGUUUGGCUACAUAUCAAAAUUGGUUUAUAGACCGAAUUCCUAUUGGUUCAUCACAGCUGACUCUUUGAUUGAAAAACUAAGAACAUGAAAAUGACAGCAGUGGAAGAUUUUCGUAUUCUUGGCUCAACAGAAACUAAUAUUUUGGUCCCUUUUAAAUCAAAUUACAAUGGUAAGGUUUGUUGGGUUUCAUAAGAGUCUAUUACUGGGUAGCCUUAAGUCUUUUCUGAAUGUCUGUUUCCUGAGAUCUGUAAUAUAGUUAUGAAUACUCUG